AGAGAGACAGACAGAGAGAGAGAGAGAGAGAGAGACAGACACAGAGAGAGAGAGAGAGAGAGACACAGACAGACAGACAGACAGAGAGAGUGAGAGAGUGAGAGUGUGUGUUAGGACACACCUCUCUUGCCCCUCACAGCGUGGGGCAGCACAUUUUUUAGGGAAAAUAUCGGGGAAAACAGUUGUAAAGAAGAACAUAGACUGUCAGAAAGAGAGAGAGAUUGGGAUACGAGCUGUCAGAAAAGAGAAACAAAAAGAGAGCAUAGAAAAAUAGAAAAUUGAUCCCACCACAUAAUUACAUGCCCUACUCAGAUCCAUUGCUCUUUAUCAUCAUCUUCAUCAUCCUCUAAAUGCUGAAUUGGUUAAUAAGAAUCAAUAACAAUCCCAAUGGCCAAUGACAGUGACUUCCUUCGUUCUUCCGACUCAUCCAUCCCCUUCCUUGAUGUCUUCAAUGACACAGAGAUCAAAGAUGACAUCAAUGUCCUGUUCUCGAACAGCACUGUUGAGGAUCCCAGCGUUGUGAGUAACAACGCCACCACAGCCAUUGGGGCCCUCAUCCUGGGCCUGGUCUUCCUCCUCGGCGUUCCAGGGAACCUCUUCAUCAUCUGGAGUAUCCUGGCCCGUGCCCGCCGACGCUCCGUCACCACCAUCCUCAUCCUCAACCUGGCGUGCGCCGACGGCUCCCUCAUGUGCCUCACCAUCUUCUUCAUCAUCUAUUUGGCUAGGCGGAACUGGGACUUUGGCACCUACAUGUGCAAGGGGGUGUUUUACCUGUGCAACACGAACAUGUAUGCCUCCAUCUUCCUCAUCACGCUGAUGAGCCUGCACAGGCUGGUGGCAGUGGUUUGGCCCCAGCGGGUAGCGGCCCUGGCCAGCAAGAAGAUGGUAGUUCGGGCAAUAGUUGUGCUCUGGGUCCUGGUGUUCUUCAUGGCUAUCCCAGCUCUGGUGUUCAGGGAGCAGAGGGAUGAUCGUGACGAACUGAACAAAACCCAACGGGUUUGUGCCUCAGAUCACAGAAUGCCUCAACAUUUGGUGUUCCAGUACACCUUUGAGACUGUCGUGGGAUUCCUGGUUCCGUACGGGAUUAUAGUGAGCAGCUACGUCUGCAUCCUGAGACGCCUCAGACAGACCAAAUUCCAUCGCAAGGUCCGCAGUGAGAAUCUCAUCCUGGCCAUCGUUGUGAUGUUUGCCAUCUUCUGGUUGCCCUAUCACGUCAUCAACAUAAUACAGGUGGUGGCUGAGCAUUUGAAAGACGAUUCAGCAACAAAAAAGAGACUAUAUAUGAUAUGGCAGUCCAGUCGUGCUGUGACCUCCGCUCUGGCCUUCAUCAGCAGCUGUGCCAACCCUAUUCUCUACACAUUCGCUGGGAAGUCCUACAUCAGAGAGAACGGCAUGGCCUUCAUGGCUCGCCUCUUUGAAGGGACAUCUCUGGACACUGGGAUAAGGAAGGGCCAGCAGACAACCAGGGGCAGGGAGGGGAAAAGACUCAAAGAGACAUUGUCUUUCAGCAGCACUGGGGGCAAUGCUGUGAUGAAAUGAAAAUAGACACUCAUAUGCAGGGUUGCAUUGCACAUGCUAUCCACUCAUCAUGACGAUGCACUCCUGCACACAGACUUCUUACUUUUUUUUUUAUUGCUAUAUAGAUCUGCUCCUCUACUUGCAUAUGGGACCAUCUGAAACAAUCCCUACAAUAUUCAGUGCACCUCAUGUGAGACACAAGUUUCUCACUAGACCCAACUUCUCUGCCACAAUUCUUUUGUAAAUGUGUUUGUCAAAUGUGCCUUUUUUACUUUUAAUUCAUUGCUUGUGCCUCUUGAAUGUUUGUUGAAUCGCACGCAGGCAUUCAAUACCCUGCGUUGACAGCCACACACCCAACAACCACAGUACUAGCACACAAACACAUAUUCUCAACCCCUGCCCCAUGGAGAGCAUCACUCCAGACACCACACAGCCAGAGCACCACACAGCCAGAGCAGCACACAGCCAGAGCAGCACACAGCCGGAACAGCACACAGCCAGACACCACCCAGCCGGAGCACCACACAGCCGGAGCAGCACACAGCCAGACACCACCCAGCCAGAGCACCACACAGCCAGAGCAGCACACAGCCAGACACCACCCAGCUAGAGCACCACCCAGCCAGAGCACCACCCAGUCAGAGCACCACCCAGCCAGAGUAGCACACAGCCAGAGCAGCACACAGCCAGACACCACCCAGCCAGAGCACCACCCAGCCAGAGCAGCGCACCAUCAGAGCACCACACAGCCAGAGCAGCACCCAGCCAGAGCAGCACACAGCCAGAGCACCACCCAGCCAGAGCACCACCCAGCCAGAGCAGCACACAGCCAGAGCACCACCCAGCCAGAGCACCACCCAGCCAGAGCACCACCCAGCCAGACACCACCCAGCCAGAGCAGCGCACAGCCAGAGCAGCACACAGCCAGAGCAGCACACAGCCAGAGUACCACACAGCCAGAGCAGCACACAGCCAGAGCAGCACACAGCCAGAGCAGCGCACAGCCAGAGCAGCGCACAGGCAGAGCACCACACAGCCAGAGCAGCACCCAGCCAGAGAAGCACACAGGCAGAGCACCACACAGCCAGAGCAGCAUCCAGCCAGAGCAGCACACAGCCAGAGCACCACCCAGCCAGAGCACCACCCAGCCAGACACCACCCAGCCAGACACCACCCAGCCAGAGCACCACCCAGCCAGAGCAGCGCACAGGCAGAGCACCACACAGCCAGAGCAGCACACAGCCAGAGCAGCACCCAGCCAGAGCAGCACACAGCCAGAGCACCACCCAGCCAGACACCACGCAGCCAGAGCAGCGCACAGCCAGAGCAGCACACAGCCAGAGCACCACACAGCCAGAGUACCACACAGCCAGAGCAGCACACAGCCAGAGCAGCACACAGCCAGAGCAGCACACAGCGAGAGCAGCACACAGAGGACAACAUUGUCAUCCUGUGUGACUCCAACGACAAAUAUCUUGAUGGAAGACGGCUGUUCCCAAAGAGAGGAGUGAGGAAGAUCUGGUGCCCAACUAUGCAGUCAGCCCUUGGGAUCCUGGCAGAGCAGAGACUGAGACCACCGACUCACAUAAUCUUUCACACAGGGACGAAAAAUCUCUGCAAGCAGGGUGGAUGUAACCAAGGCUCUGACCAAGAUGUUUAUUUUUUAAUAUUUUUUAUUCAGUUUAAUUUAGUAAAUACUAAAUUGUUGGUUAAGGGCUUGUAAGUAAGCAUUUCACUGUAAGGUCUACAGCUGUUGUAUUCGGUCCAUCUGACAAAUAAAAUGUGAUUUGAUUUGA